CGGCCGGCCAGGCGCAGUGGCGGUUGAGGUGCUCCGACGCUGUCGCGCGUGCGGUGGGGCGUGUCGGUGGGAAGUCGCGGGGCCGGAGCUCGCGGAGCCGGCCGGGGCGAGCACGGUGAGGAGAGGCGAGCGGCGGCGGAGGGCGACCCGAGCCGGUGAGGUGGGGCGCCAUCCUUUCCCUCGUUGGCUUCCGCUGGGCCUGGAGGGGCAAACCCUGCCUUCACCCCGUAUAGAGCCCUGCUCUGCCCGACUCCCCGGGAUUUGUUUCUCUUCGCGAGAUAGCCAUGGAUGCUUCGACUCCUUUGCCUCCCGCAUCCCCUUCUCCGAGAUGCGACCCAGCCCCACAGACGAUCCACAUUGAGUUCCCUCAUCAUAGCUCUUCGCUGCUGGAAUCCCUGAACCGCCACAGGCUGGAGGGAAAGUUCUGUGAUGUAUCCCUCCUGGUUCAGGGCAGGGAACUUCGGGCUCACAAAGCAGUGUUGGCUGCUGCCUCUCCUUACUUCCAUGACAAGCUGCUCUUGGGGGACGCGCCCCGACUGACUUUACCGAAUGUCAUCGAGGCCGAUGCGUUCGAGGGACUGCUUCAGCUCAUUUAUUCAGGAAGCCUCCACCUGCCGCUGGACGCCCUCCCUGCCCAUCUCCUUGCAGCCAGUGGCCUUCAGAUGUGGCAAGUGGUAGAUCGGUGCUCAGAGAUUCUUCGAGAACUAGAAACGUCCGGUGGGAUUUCAGCGGGUGGAGGAGCCUCCAGCCUCACACUUCUUUCCACAACAUCUUCAGGAGGCUGGUGCAUUCGCUCUUCCCCUUUCCAGAACCCAGUACGCUCCACUGCUUCUACAGAGAAUUCUGUUUCUCCUGAGAGCCCUGCUGGAGGGGAGGGGAGUGAACUAGAAGGAAUGUUACAGAUUCAGGUGAAAGUAGAGGAGGAAGAGGAGCAGGGGUCAGCAGCCCCACUCUUUCAGACUCCUCAGCCCGAGAAAGUGUCAGGAGGGGUUUCCCAAGCUUGUGGAUCCCACCCAUUGCCUACACCUGCCCUUCCCAGCAAGCCUUCAGAGGAUGAGAACUCAACAGUAGAUCCUCCUGCAACAGUAGAUCCUCCUGCCCCUCCUGUACAAGCUUCCCAAAUCUUAUAUGUGAAUCAGGAAAACGUAGAGUGUAAGGAAGCGAUAUCAAGAGGCAAGACUCUGUCUGGAGGACCCAAAGAAAAGACCAAAGUACUAUCUGGAGAGGACUCUGAGGAGAAGGGGGAGCUAAGAUACUUGCUGUCCUCAGGAGGAGGGGAAACGUCUGGGGCAGGAGAUCCAUCGUGGAAGCCAGUGGAUCUUCAUGGGAAUGAAAUCCUGUCAGGGGGUGGAGGACCUGGAGGAACAGGGCAGGCUAUGCAUGGGCCUGUGAAGCUAGGAGGGACACCCCCUGCAGACGGGAAGUGCUUUGCUUGCUUGUGUGGAAAACGGUUUGCAGUAAAGCCGAAACGAGACCGACACAUCAUGUUGACGUUCAGCCUUCGCCCUUUUGGAUGUGGCAUCUGUAAUAAACGUUUCAAGUUGAAGCAUCACCUGACAGAGCACAUGAAGACCCAUGCUAGAGCUCUGCAUGCGUGUCCCCAUUGUGGCCGUCGGUUCCGUGUCCAGGCCUUCUUCCUUCGACACCGGGACUUAUGCAAGGGCCAGGGCUGGCCCACUUACCACUGGACUUACAAAUGACUACUGGUGCUCUAUAGUGAUUUCUAAGACAAGAUAGCCCCUGCUGCUGAUGGGCUCUUACCUUUGACCACCUCAGUCCUGGAUUGUAUAAUCAUUCCAAGAGAUUAUAUAUAUUGUUAUGAACCCUUACCCUUGGGUACGGGUCUCACCCUGGUAGUCCAGGUUCAGACAGACUAGAUCACUUCUGAUCACUUAACCUAAAUGGCCCUUUUUGUAUUGAGAGCCAGCGAAGGAACUGCUGACCUCAGAUCAGUGAGAGAAGGGUUGGCGCAUAAUCACCCAAUAACUCUUAGCUCGUCUUCAUGGGGAGGUGAGGGAGCUGGUCCCCAGCUAGUUGUACAUUUGAUUCAGAGCUCAAGUAAUUGCCAGACUCAGGUCUGAGCGGCCCCCCUCACUGUCUGCAGUACUCUGUGUCAGUAUUUCUGUCUUUUUCUUCCAGAUGCUUUUUAAGUUCUCACCAGUAGACACCUUUUCCAAAUAUCCUUUUAAAAAUGCUUGAGUGGGGCUGGAGAGAUGGCUCAGUUGUUAAGAG